AUGCUGGAGGUGCAUUAUUCGGCAUCAUGCUCAUGCGGCCUUCUUCUUCUUCUUCAUCUUUUUUUUUUUAUUUCCCCUUUGCUUUUCUGUUUGCUUCCUUGUCUGCUUGAACGCACAGUCUCUUCUCACUACGGAGUACUACUACUCUCGCUCUCUCAACCUCGCUGGCUCUCCACCUGUCCGCCGCCAGCUUUGACCUCCGAAGUCUGGAGUACAUAUGUGCCGCCGGUGAGCCCACCAUCGAGCCCACAGGAAGGCAAAAAAGCAAGCAAAGAGCAGAAAACAGUACAGAAAAAAACAAAAACAGUACAAGAAGCCAGGCAGGCAGGCAGGCAGGCAAUUCUCCGCAGAAAAAGAAGCAAAAAUACACAGACGAAACGCAAAAAGGAAAAAAAAGAAGGAAAGCAAAAAGAAAAAGAAACGCAGAUAGAAAAAAAAAUGGGCGAUGAAGCGAGGACAAGGUUGACAUCCUGGCGUAUCGCUCCCGUCUUUCGCCAGGGGGGUCUUGUUGGCCCAGAUAGCCUGAGCAAAAAGGAGCAACCAUCGAGAUGUCGGGGGAGGGCAGAGUGGACAGAUGGGAAGGACAGCAGCCGGGCGAGAGAUCCCUCUCCCGGAAGCUACUGCACGUAUAUCCCUCCUUGUGAUAUAUAUCGGCUCCCUUAUUAUAUCUCGAUACUUACAUACGGAUACACACAACUACGACUCCAUAAAGAGUGUUAUAUAACUAUACUCCGUACCCUCCUUUUUUUUCAAGCGUGGGGUAAGCGAGCGCUCUGCAUGGCUGUCAAUGCUGGAUAUGCUGCGAGAAGCUCUGCUUGUCUAUAUCUGGAUGCAGUCCGAUACUUUUCAUGCCUCAUGCUGCAUGCUUCUGCUGCUGCUGGUUGCUGCUGGUUUGCCGGUGGAACCAACCGUGACGCCCUCGACCAGCGGGGCCUCCCUCCCGGCUGCAAUGCAAAUCAGAUCCAGAGUUCGGUGGUUUUCACCCAUUUUUACCUUUUUUGCUUGCUUUCUUUUUCCUUGACCUUCACACGCUCUCGAAGGCUGUUCGUUCGUUCGUAUCGUACGGCGAUAUGGAGAAAAUACGGGACUGGAAACGUUGCUAGAGAAGUAUCCCCCCUCCCCAGCCAGGUGUCCUUUUGA